AUGAUCCCGUUCAUGUCAGCGAAUUUUAUCGCGAACAAUGAUACAUCAACCUUCUCAUCAUCAUUGUUAUCAUCUUCACUUGCAUUUCAAAGUUCUAGUUCAUCUUAUAUCAUUAGUAACAUCACAUUAUCACCCAAUGAACAAGUCAUCAGUUCCAUAUCGAAAAUAUCAGGGAUCUUAUCGUUAUCAGUAUGGUUAUUUGCUCAAUUGCCGCAAAUCAUUGAAAACCAUUUAAAUGAAUCGGUUGAAGGUGUGUCUCUAGCAUUCUUAUGUUGUUGGAUUGGUGGUGAUACCACCAAUCUUAUUGGAUGUAUCUUAACCAAAGCUUUACCCUUCCAAACUUUAUUAGCCACUUAUUAUUGUUUCAUUGAUUGUAUAUUAAGUUUACAAUUCUGGUAUUACACUAGAAUUUAUCCAAAACAAAAAAUUCAUCAUAAUUUAUUACAGAGUCCCAAUAUGUUAAGACCAGUAGGGUCACGAAAAAGUAAUUCAAAUUCAAAACAUGUACAUACUAGAAGAAAUCGAUUUGAACAAGAUAUUACUCGAUCUCCUAUGGAAAUUACAAAUUCUCAUUAUAAUGUCGUUAAACAAAAUAAAGGCAGUUUUAUUCAACGAAUCUUAGCGGCUUCAUUUGUCGGUAGUAGUCUUACUAAACCGGUCAAUGGUAUGCCCAUUCAUCAACAACCUACUUCAUCAGGAUCUAAUAAAGUCACGUCUGAUUUAGUCAUGAGAAUAAAACAAUUAUUUGUCGUCAUCGGAUCAAUUUCCAUUCAUAAAUUCAAAUUCUCAUCUCUGGAUAUCGGUCAAUUAUCAGCCUGGAUAUGUUCAAUCCUUUAUUUAAGUUCAAGAUCUCCUCAAAUUGUUAAGAACUAUAAAUCAAAAUCAACAAAGGGUAUAUCAGCUUAUUUGUUCUUAUUCGCCAUGUUAGGGAAUUUAUUCUAUACCAUAUCGAUCGUGGCAGAUUUAUAUUUACUUUCAUUCCAUAGAACUUAUUUCGAAGGUGAUGGUUCCGAAGAUACCAAAUUCCAUCAAGUUUUAACUGAUCAAUUACCUUUUAUUGUGGGAAGUUCAGGUACAGUCAUUUUUGAUUGUAUUAUUUUAUUUCAAUGUUGGUAUUAUUUGGAGAAUUCCGUAUCGAGAAAUUCAUCAGUCACGCAAUAUCAUGAUUCAUACGGAUAUGGAUCCUUAUACGAUGAAGAAGAAACUGACCCUCACCACCACCACCAUCACCAUCAUCAUCAUAAAUCUAAAUUAAGAUCUCAAAGUCGAAAAAAAUCAAAAAGAAGAGUAAGAAAAAAUUCAUCAUCAAAUAGAAGUAACUCCCCCGGUCAUUUCCAAAAACCAGAUUGGUAUACUAAUACAGAACCUAAUUUCCCAUCAAUCUAUGAAACUGCUGCAUUUGGUAAUGGUUCAAACCAUGCCAACAAUCAACCCAACACCUCCAAUAUUCUUAAUAAUAAAAUCCCUAAUACCCCUGGUGGAGCAGCUGGUGGAAUUUCAGCUCAAUCAUAUGAUUAUUUAAUUCGAACUCCACCUCCUUCCCAUUACAUAGCCGCAUCACAGGGAAGAUCCAUCACUAAUCAACCUAAUCAAGAUCAUCAAAAUGGUCUUAUAUCAACCACUUUAAAUGCCAUUACGAAAUCAUUAUCGUAUAAGAAUGAAAAUCCAUAUUGGCAUAUUAUAAAAUCACCUCAUUCAUCAAAUUCAGGAAGUUAUGAUCAUGGAGGUGUGCCAGGAGGUGGUAGUGGUGGUAUAACUGCAUCUUCACCCUUGACUACAUCUUUAAUCCCAUCCAUUAUAGGGAAUUAUUCAUCUGUGUCCAAGAAAAUGUCUCAUGAUUCAAAAAUCCCAUUUUCUCCCAUUGAUUUCUUGACUGAUGAAUUCCAUCGUCCGGUUGAAGGUUCUUAUAGUGGUGGUGGAAGCAGUUUCCAUUUAAAUAAUCAUAAUCACGAAUAA